AUGAACAGUGAAGGAUCCGCGGACAAGCCGAUUGCGCUAGACUCGGACUCCGAGUCGGAGGCUGAGAACGCUGUGGUCCAGAUCCACAAUUGCGACGUGAUGAUCGGCCUCUUCCGGUGCAUUGUCGACCUGUACUUCCAGAAUGAUCGGAUGUGCAUGAGGAAUGUUCGCGGGAAGCACGACGCGUGGCCAUUCAAGUCGUCACUCUAUAAGGUGUCAAAAGACGCCGAAAAUGAGGUCGUUGAUUCGGAGCAGAUGGAGCAAUUGCUAGGCGAAGCUUCCUACGUAGCAUUCAAGUUGCCGCUGUUGGAGGAAACCGAGCAGGAUGCAGUGAAGACCUUCUACGACCCCGCGGACGAUGGUACGUGGUUCGAUUUGUAG